AUGCGCAGCGGGAAGUCUGUUGAGCAACCGUCAAUCGUCCAUCCGGCAUGGAUCCUAGCCUGUGGUCUCGUCUUUCGGCUGCCUUGUCUCCUGGUCCUUGUGGCGGGUGUCUCCCUCUCCACCGUCCGCCCGUUCAGCCUGCAUGUGGCCGAUGUCCCGUGGGAGACAGUUGAUGUGGCUAGGAACCCGAAACCAGCAAGCCAUGCAUCUAUCUGCAUGGCUUGA